AGCCCUGUACCAAGACGAGGUAUUGGAUGGGCGCUGCUGCAGUGACAGUCCCGUACGGGUUUAUCGAUAAAUGAGGGGAACCAAUCGCCCAAGGUACCGCCCCAUACCCAACUGCACGCUGAGUGACCACCUGCGUUGAGAGGACAGCACUGCCCAAAGCCAAGCUACCUCAAGCUCUUCGAUCUGUGCUAGCAGGGCAUGUAUCCAGAAGCUGAGCUAGGCGUACUCGGCUACUUGACGGCGCGGUACUGUUUAUUACGGGCUGUUGUGGGAAGCUUCAGCUGCAAAGAGAGGCUUUGCGCCCAUCAGGCGCAAAGUAAACAUCUGAUAUCACGGAGUGCCUCUGGAUUGAUAGCUGCAUUUCUUUCUAUUCUCUUCUUCGAGAAAAGCGUAGAGAUGCGCAGGUAUCUUGUCUACACGCGGCAAUAUGGGCCUUCGGUAAACAGGAUUCCUGCUAACUCAUCAGUAAACAGUGUUUGCAUGGUGCUUGACGCCAGAAUCUCACUCGAGAAUACAGGCCCACCACACAUAUACGAGUCGCAUGCGCAAAUCACCAGACCACAGACACGCCUAUUCCAAGUAGCUUGACAUAAUCCUAGUUUAGGGCACCUCAUGCGAGCUCUACUCGCGGCCAACAGCAGCCCAGGACUAAGGAUCCUCGUCCAAGUCGUCGAAAGAGGGUUGCACCAAGUCGUCAGAGGCGGUGUGUUGAGCAGCUAUCCGCGGUAUCAUU